GACGUACCUGCAACGGCUUCUUCUUCGGCAACCCCCACCUCUGUGACCUUAUCUUCUUCUGUUUCCUGUGUCAAGUGGCAACAGACGUUAUUCUGCUCCCUGCAGGAAGCGACUAAAAACUAGGGAAGGACACACUCCAGUUCCCAGCAGGCCGUUCGGUCUAGCACGUGUCGGGCAGCGGCAUCAUGUCUGUAUUUGUAGACUUAAACCUGAGCUACACAGCGGACAACAACCGGCUCCGGGCUCUGAUAGAAACGGCCGCUCAUCUCGGUUUCUCCACUGUUGCCAUCAACUAUGUGUUUGAACCCACGACCAAGAAGAAACAGGAGAUCCCCGCCCCCAAGCCGAUCAGUGCGCUGAUUGAUCAUCUGCCAAUUGUUCAGGGUCGCUCUCGUCCAAUCACAGUGCUGAACAGACUGACUGUGGUGAUGUCAGACUCCAGCCACUUCAGGCCAAACGCUGCAGAGUAUCGUGGGUUUGAUCUUCUCGCUGUGUAUCCGACCACAGAGAAACUUUUCCAUUCAGCAUGUAUGCUGCUGGACAUCGACAUCAUUGUUAUCUCAGUCACAGAGAAGCUUCCAUUCUUCUUCAAGAGGGCACCGGUCAAUGGGGCCGUAGACCGGGGCGUGGUGUUUGAGGUCUGCUACAGUGCAGCCAUCAGAGACUCCACCAUGAGACGCUACACCAUCGCCAAUGCCCUCAGUCUGAUGGAGACCUGCAAAGGGAAGAGCGUGAUCCUGUCCAGUGCAGCGGAGAAGGCUCUGGAGCUCAGGGGUCCAUACGAUGUAAUCAACCUAUGUUGUUCUCCUGAUGCCGGGCCUCAGAGGCAGGUUGUUUGGUUUGUCCGACGCCGAUGCAAAAGAAGCUUUGUCCUCCACCUGUCGAUCAGUUCUACUGCAUGCAGAGACCAGGAAGACGGCCAGCGGCAUCGUCUACACCAGGAGAAGCUGUCAGGAGGAUUCGCCUCAGCCUGACCUCUGUGAUGCUCCUGCAGCUAAAAGACCUCACCUGGCUGAGUGAGCAACUGUAUACUUGUUAUAUUUUUUUACUUCUAACACACGUUGGUUUUGACUCAGUUCUUCUUUAAAUUGAACUAAUGCAACUUUUGUGACUGAAUAAACAGUUUGAAUUCUGA